GGCUGGUGCAGAGCGGCAGCACCUCGCCCCGCACCCGCCGCCGCCCGGGCAGUGCGGGGCCGCGGCGCUCUGUGCGCAGCGGGAGCCGGUCCCCCCCGAAGGCUCCCUGUCGCCUGCGUCCCAAAAGCACGAGGUCAUUCUCUUGUUUCAGCCCGUGAGUGCAACUUCAGAGCUGGGAGAGAGUGAUUGCAAGGCCAAGAAGGACGGGAGAACAUUCACCACCACAACGUUUCAAAGGGAAUACAUUGCCAGCAUUUUGAAUACUUAUUUGGACAAACAUUUCUUCAAGGAGCACGCAGCCCUCUGCCCCCAUGUCGCCACCUUGGAAGGACUGACCAAAUCCAGCAGCCUGUGCCACUUCCCACCCACCAUGGGACCCGAGGGAAGCUUGCUGAGUGGGGGACAAAUGCAGAUCACCCUGUGGGGAAGCCUGGCAGCUGUGGCCACCUUCUUCCUCAUCACCUUCCUCAUCUUUCUGUGCUCCAGUUGUGACAGAGAAAAGAAGCCGAGACAGCACAGCGGAGACCAUGAGAACCUGAUGAACGUGCCUUCCGACAAGGAGAUGUUCAGCCGUUCAGUUACCAGCCUGGCCACGGACGCGCCUGCCAGCAGCGAACAGAAUGGGGCACUCACCAAUGGUGACAUUCUUUCAGAAGACAGCACCAUGACCUGCAUGCAGCAUUACGAGGAAGUCCAGACCUCAGCUUCAGAUCUGCUGGACUCCCAGGACAGCACAGGGAAGCCAAAGUGUCAUCAGAGCCGGGAGUUGCCCAGAAUUCCUCCUGAGAGUGAAGUGGACACGACGCUCAAUGGAGAAAGCACGGACGGGGACCAGGGUCUGGGGAUGGAGGGGCCGUAUGAAGUGCUCAAGGACAGUGCCUCACAAGAAAAUAUGGUGGAGGACUGCUUGUAUGAAACCGUGAAAGAAAUUAAGGAGGUGACAGCCGCCACCCACUCGGCUCGGGGCCACAGCAGCAGGUCGAAGUCAACUUCCACUGUGAAGGAGCUUCUGGGGCCCCAGACCAGUGGCAAAACAGACUUUGCCGAAUACGCCUCUGUGGACAGAAACAAAAAGUGUCGACAAAGUGCUAAUGCAGAGAGUACUCUUGGAAAUCCAUGUGAUCCAGAAGAGGAGGCGCCACCCCCUGUCCCCAUUAAACUUCUGGAUGAGAAUGAAAACCUUCAGGAGCAGGCAGAGAGUAAAGCAGGAGAAGAAGGCGCUGCCGAGGGGACCAGUGAAACCAACAAGAGAUUUAGUUCGUUGUCAUACAAGUCCCGGGAAGAAGACCCAACUCUCACAGAAGAAGAGAUCUCGGCAAUGUAUUCAUCAGUACAUAAAAAAGGACAGCCAGGGAACAAAUCAGGACAGUCACUUAAAGCGCCAGAGUCCACCUAUACCUCCAUCCAAGGAGCCGCUCCGAGGUCGCCCUCUUCCUGUAACGAUCUCUAUGCUACUCUUAAAGACUUUGAGAAAAUUCCCAACAGUGUCAGCACUCUUCCAGCAGCAGGGAGGCCCAGCGGCGAGGAGCCCGAGCCAGAUUACGAAGCAAUACAGACUCUAAACAGAGAGGAAGAGAAGGCUGCCCCGGAGACCAACAGCCACCACGGCCUUUUCCCAAAGGAGAAUGACUACGAGAGCAUCGGGGACCUGCAGCAAUGCCGAGACAUCACCAGGCUCUAG